AUGUCCAUUAAAAGAUUGUGGAGAAGUCGGAACAACGAGGCCAAGGAGAAAUAUCUAAAUCCCGGAGCGAGGUGGGAUGACGCAGUGACAAAUGCCAAGUUCAAGAUUGAAAGGGAGGAUGCGUUGGACGGACGAAACUCACCGCGCCGUCGGUGGAAGAGGGCCACGUUUUUGAUUGGAAGGAUGCAAGACCAUGACUCUGUCCUCGGAGACGAAGGCGUUCACGUUGACUCGAAGAACCUAGAAAGCAAGGAACUGGAAAAGCAACAUUGGCUAGAGUUGGUUGAUGGAUAUCUAUCUGCGGAACAGCGCUUGAACUAUCUCGUCAACAUCGACAAAGAGGGACGGCUCCGCUGGGCGAAGAACAACCAAUUGGUCGACACCACGGCUGGACACUGGAAGGAUGCCGGUGAUGGCUCUGGAAUUAUACCAGAACAUCAUGAUGUCCCAACCGGCGUUGAGCCAGCGUCCGGAAGCCUCGCUCUCGCGAACGAAAACGACACGGACCAACGAAACCGGGACGCCGCUGAUACGCAUUACACCAGCGGUAAAACAAAGGCUAAACACUCCUGGUCAUGGUGUCUAUGGAGUCGAUUCACACUGAAGGGGACUGUCGAACGGUUGCUGAGGAAGACUGUGGAGAGGAAUACUUGGAUGUAUGUUUCGGAUCGAAACUUUAAUAUAUUCGUCGGAAUUAAAGAGACGGGGAACUUCCAACAUUCUUCGUUUCUGGCGGGAGGUUUGGCUACAUCCGCAGGGCUCAUUAAAGUGAAGGAUGGCCAAAUAUACAACCUAUCACCUCUUUCCGGACAUUACAGAACAUCGGUGGACCAUUUCCGUCAGUUCAUUCAUGUUCUCAAGGAACGCGGGGUGGAUAUGAGCAGAGUACACAUUGGCAAAGAAGAAGCUAUUCUUCGAGGAGUCGAACACUUGGCCAGGGCCAAGAAGAAGCAAGCCCAGGUAACAAAGGCUGGGAAAGAGACGGCAAAAGACGUAGUCGAAGCGUUGAACCCCGCCGAAUGGAAGCGGCAGGUACUCGAGGGUAGGAGCAAGGAGCGAAGCCAAGAACAGGGGACACAUUGA